AUGGAAGAGGGUGAUAUCUCAUUAUAUCAAUCUCCUACCUUUUAUGCUACUCUCUAUCGAGCUAUCCUAGAAGAUGACUGGAAAGCUGCUGAAGCUUUUAUUCAGAACCAUCCAAACUGCCUUGGAGCCGCCAUAACAAAAGACCAAGAUACAGCUCUUCACUUUGCUGCAGCUGCAAAACGCACCUGUUUUGUAAAAAAACUCGUGAGAUUGAUGAAGCCGGAAGAACUAGAAUUGAAAGCUUCCAACGACUGCACGGCUCUUUAUUUUGCUGCUCAAACUGAAAUCGUAUCAAUUGCAGAGGAGAUGGUGAAAAAGAACAAAAUUCUACCCUCGAUCCCCAAGGACAACAUCGAUUGUUUACCACUUUACGCAGCAAUACAGACUGGAAAUAGAGACAUGGUGUCGUAUUUAUACUCUGUGACUCCUAUUGAAGACUUGGCUUCUGCGGAUCGCAUUGAGCUCCUUAAGGCUACUAUUUCCUCUGAUUUGUAUGAUACGACACUCAAAAUUUUGGAUACUCUGGAGUUAACAACUGAAGAGAAGGAACUACAUCUUUGGUCUCCAUUGAAAAUGUUGGCCAGAAAACCUUCGGAAAUUGGCAGCAAUAGUCAGCUAUCAGUAUGGGAAAGAUGCUUAAACUCCUGUUUUGGAGGUCGGUUAUGCUACAAAGCUUUGAUGCAAGCAUCAGCCCAUCAAUUAGUUGACCGCCUUUGGAAAGAGCUAAUUGGAGAUGACAAUUUCUCGUCAACUCAUAUGCUUCAACAUCAUAAGCAACUACUUGUUGAAGCUGCAAAAGUAGGGAAUGUUGAAUUUCUAAUUAUACUUAUACGCUCUUACCCCGAUCUCAUAUGGCUAGUUGACGAAGAACAUGGAACAUUAUUUCAUGUUGCUCUUAAAUAUCGACAAGAGCGUGUAUUUAAUUUAAUACAUGAGAUAGGUGUUUUGAAGGGCAACAUUGCGAGUUACUAUUCCAAAGAGGGAAACAACAUGCUCCACUUAGCUGGAGAAUUGCCUUCUUCAGAUCGACUGAAUAUCGUAUCAGGAGCAGCCCUUCAAAUGCAACGAGAGUUAUUGUGGUUUCAAGAGAUAGAAAAGAUCGUGCCGAAGUCAUAUGUGAACGAGACAAAUGAAAGAGGAAAAACAUCUAGGGAUAUAUUUGUGAAGACCCAUGAAGAAUUGCAAAAGAAUGGUGAGAAGUGGAUGAAGGACACGGCAAACUCUUGCAUGCUCGUGUCAGCACUUAUUGCCACUGUGGUUUUUCCAGCUGCCUUCACAGUACCGGGUGGCAACAAUCAAGAAACAGGCAUUCCUAUGUUUCUGGAAAGCAACUGGUUUACGAUAUUUUUCGUAUCAGAUGCAGUAGCAAUGUUAUUCUCUUCGUCUUCAAUAUUAGUUUUCCUGUCAAUUCUAACGUCACGCUACACGGAAAAGGAUUUCCUCGUAUCAAUACCUCGUAGGCUGGCGUUGGGACUCGCUACGCUUUUAAUCUCAAUAGUAGGCAUGUUGAUAGCCUUCACUGCAGCUUGUUUCUUGGUAUUUAAACCCAAAACAAGUGUUCCAAUCCGUAUAAUUGUUGCGGCACCCGCUAUCCCAAUUAGUUUGUUUGUUAUCCUACAUCAUGGCCUUUGGUUUGAUAUAUUCCGCUCAGCAUUCUGUUCUAACAGAUUCCUCUUUUGGUCACAUAAUAGGCUUUUCAAGCAAGCAAGAUGGUUGGCUACUAGCUAA